GUAGCUUCGGGAGCCGGUGUGGAGAAGGAGCACUGCCCCCUGGGCCCCAAACUCAGUUGGGCAGCCUCAUCUGACCCCAGCAUGCCUGUCCGGGAUGCCAAGCUCUUUUAUCCUUCAGAGUAAUGCUUUGGGUUUCUCUGGGCAUGCAACUUGGAACAGGUUUGGUUUGGGUCUGAGUGUUGCUUUCCUGGUGAAGCCAUGGCCCACGGCAACAUGGGGAUCAACAGCGAAUAUGGAGACUGGUCCUGGAGCGCAGAUGCCGGUGAGCGGGCCAGGCUGCUGCAGAGCCCUUGCGUGGAGGUGGGACCCAGAAGUGCUGAGGAACAAGGGCCUGCAGCGACCUCGAUCCUUGGGGCCAUCUUCAUUGUGGUGAAUGCCGCCCUUGGGGCUGGGCUCCUCAACUUCCCGGCAGCUUUCAGCAUGGCGGGCGGCGUGGUGGCAGGCAUUGCCGUGCAGAUGUGCAUGCUGGUCUUCAUCACUGGUGGCCUGGUUAUCCUGGCCUACUGCUCCCAGGCUAGCAAUGAGUCCACGUACCAGGAAGUGGUGUGGGCUGUGUGUGGGAAGGUUACGGGGAUCCUGUGCGAGGUGGCCAUCGCCGUCUACACAUUCGGCACCUGCAUUGCCUUCCUCAUCAUCAUCGGGGAUCAGCAGGAUAAAAUCAUUGCGGCACUGAUGACGGAACCCUCCGGAGCAGAGAGCAGCCACUGGUACACGGACCGCAAGUUCACCAUCAGCAUCACGGCCUUCCUGCUCAUCCUUCCCCUUUCGGUUCCUAAGGAGAUUGGGUUCCAGAAAUAUGCCAGCUGCUUGAGUGUGAUCGGGACCUGGUAUGUCACCGCCGUCAUCAUUGUCAAAUACAUCUGGCCGGAUCCAGAGGUCAUCCCAGGGGAAAUCCCAACCAGCCCCUCCUCCUGGAUGUCUGUGUUCAAUGCUAUGCCCACCAUUUGCUUUGGCUUCCAGUGCCAUGUCAGCAGUGUGCCCGUCUUCAACAGCAUGAAACAACCGGAACUGAAGCCCUGGGGAGCAGUAGUGACAGCUGCCAUGAUCAUUGCCCUUUUUGUCUACACAGGCACAGGAGUCUGUGGUUUCCUCACCUUUGGUUCUGGUGUAGAACAGGAUGUGCUCCUCUCCUACCCCUCCAAUGACAUUCCAGUUGCCAUAGCACGAGCCUUCAUCAUUGUCUGUGUUUUGACGUCCUACCCCAUCCUGCACUUCUGUGGCAGGGCUGUCCUGGAAGGUCUUUGGCUGCGCUACAAGGGAGAGACUGUGGAAGAAGACGUGGUGCGAGAAAGACGCCGCCGCCUGCUCCAGACAGUUACCUGGUUCCUUCUUACUCUCCUCCUUGCCUUGUUCAUUCCCGAUAUCGGCAGAGUCAUCUCUCUCAUUGGUGGGCUGGCUGCCUGCUUCAUCUUUGUCUUCCCAGGGCUCUGCCUCAUCCACACUAAGCUCUCUGAAAUUCAAGAAGCCAGACCAGCAAGCUGGUGGGCCUUGGUCAGCUACGGAAUCUUUAUGGUUACUCUUGGAGCAUUUAUCUUCGGACAGACCACUACCCAUGCUGUCUUCGUGGACCUCACAAAGUGAUCCCUUCAACUCCACCCUCAGAAGAUGAGUGCUCCCUCAACUGUGGACAUAAAGGGAAACCUAAGAGAAUUAUGCGCCCAGUCCCUGGGAUCUCUUAGAUUUCAAUAAAAGAGGAUUUCCCUUUCCAUUUCCCCUCCUGAAAUGGAACAGGGCAGAUAUGAGAAAGAUUCUACAGUUUUGAUUUCAUCUAAUGACUUAGUUGCUUUUCUAUGAACCGGCGCAAGUCUAUUCACCAAAUGUUUUCAGGAGAUCUUCCUUUCAGGAGAUCUUCUUUUGUUCUGCCUUACCUUACACAUAACUUGUGUAAGAGAAUCCAGAAUGGUUACUACACAAACAUUGGACUGUAUUUAUUUAGCCAACAGGCUCAUACUUUGUAGCAUUACCAAUGACAUUACAAAGCUUGUGUAUUUGACAGUGAGAUUAUUACUGAAGGGACAAUGAAUGUUAUCACGUAAAGAGAACUGGGAACAGAGAACUGCGGCUUAGUUGCCCAAAUGAAUGUGUGCUUAAAAUCGGGGUGGGGGGGAGGCUUGUAAUCUUUUUACCUUCUGCAUAUGAAAAAGAAGGUUCCUGAAGAGAGAGAGACCUUGAAAGAUAAUGGGAAAUUUGAAUAUAUUUAAGGGCAUCUCCUUGGGCUAGGAUUCACACCAUUGCGUUUCUGCCGUAGCACAGUCGCUAAGGCAGAAGCACAGUCACACUCUCCAGGUGCACAGAAUCCUAGUGGUGCAGUAAUCUGGGGAUCUGAGGAAGCGAUCAGGAUGUUGCCGGGGGAAAUGCGGAAAAAAGAUGGGUCUUUUUAUGGUACAGGUUGAUUUCCUGUGGGUUUUGUUACGGGGGAUGGAGGAGGACUGGGGAGAACUCCAGUGCAGGCUCAGAGGUUAGGUGAUUGUGUGCCUCUGUACUCCAUGUCAUGCCUGUUAAUAAGUUCAGCUAAUCUUUGAAGUCUCUCUCCUUUUCUGGACUGGUUCUUUCCAGUCCCACCUUAACCUGGUCACUCAGAAGCCUGCUUCUCAGCUCCCCCCCCCCUUGAGCCAGCUAUUUUUAACUAAUUCUGAUUGUUUUCAGAACUCAUGAGCCAUUCUUGGCUAAUGUCUGAGCUGGUAGCAGAACUCCAAGUCUACAUGUCCCCGUGUUCUGUGUGGUGGGACAUUCAGGAGUAGCAGCGGCUCUGUCCAGCUGAGGUGCUCUCAAUAUGUCAAAUUCAAGUCCUUUGUAUUUUAUUAUUUUGCUUGUGGUUCAGAGCAAGUUAACUUUGGGUUUUUUAAAAGGGACAGGGUCGUUCAUAAUGAAAAUAAUUAAAGAAA